CAACCGAAAAAGUCAUAAACUUCCCAAAGUCAAACAUAGAAGCUCUUCUCCUUGCUUUCCUUCCUUUGUAGUUUGUACAGGUCGGAAUUUUAUCAGAUUUUCUUUCCCAAAAACAAAAUAGUAGUAGAAAAUUUGCUACCGUCCUGAUCUUAAGCUGUGCACUUCAAUGACAUAUAAUUCUGAUGUAUUCACUCGCCGGAUAUUGAAUUUUCCGGCAAUCCGUCCUUGUGAAUUUGUAUCUUUCUCUAGCCUUCUUACUUCCCUGAUCAAUUUAGGCCGUACCAUUUGUGAAUACAAGUCGAAGACUUUUUUCGUUAAUAUAAAAAAUGCGAGAAAUGCAAUACGUUUUGUCGAAAAUCUCCUCAUUUUUCUUGAAGAAAUCCCAUUAGGGAUUUCGACAUGCGUCACUAAUUCUGCUACUCUGAGCUUGUCUGAGCUCCACUUCAUCUUGCAAAAAGUUCAGUACCUGUUGGAAGACUGUACAAGAGAUGACGCUAGGCUGUGGAUGCUGGCGCAGUCGCAGAUUACUGCAGAUGAAUUCCGGGUUCUGAUCAGAGCUAUGGGAGUGGCCUUGGAUGUUCUGCCUUUGGAGGAAAUGGAACUUGGUGACGAAGUUAAUGGCUUAGUUGAGUUUGUAAAAGAUCAGGCUUUGGCACUGAAGUUUGAAACAGAAGUUGAUGAUCAGAGAUUCCUGAGGAAGGUGUUUUGGAUAUUGGAUCAUUUUGGGGGUGGAAUUGAUCCAAAACCAAGUGAUGUAAGAAAGGUUCUGGAGUAUCUUGGGAUUGGAAGUUGGAGUGAAUGCAACAGAGAGGUAAAGUUCUUGGAGGAUGAGAUUGGGUUAGAAUCGCAGUCUGAAAAGAAGAGUAACAUUAGACUUCUCAACAGCCUAAUGGGGUUCAUGAUCUACUGCCGGUCGAUACUGUUCGAAUAUGUGGAUAAGGUGACAAGUAAGCGAACUGAUAAUCUUGGUAGUUGUGAUACCGUCAGAUGCUUGAAUGCUGAUGAUUUUCGAUGUCCAAUUACGUUGGAACUCAUGUCUGAUCCAGUUACAAUAGCUACAGGUCACACGUAUGAGCGAUCUUCAAUUCUGAAAUGGUUCAGAGCUGGAAACCGCACCUGUCCCAAGACAGGCCAGAGGCUUCUCUGCACAGAUUUUGUGCCCAAUGCAGCUCUGAAGCAGCUUAUCAAGGGAUUUUGCUCAGAAAAAGGCAUCCACUUUGCUGAUUCAGUUGGGCGUAGUCGUGAUGUUACAAAGGCAGUUGUUGCGGGUAGCAAAGUAUCUGAGCAGGCCGUGCGAUUGCUCGCUAAUUUUCUCGUUGGCAGGCUUGUGGGUUGCAAUAAUCAAGAGCAGAACAGAGCUGCUUAUGAGAUUCGUUUGCUCACCAAAACAAGCAUUUUUAAUCGGUCUUGUUUGGUUGAAGCUGGUACAAUCCCGCCUCUGUUGAAUCUUCUGUUUUCAUGUGAUCCAUCGCUGCAAGAGAAUGCCAUGGCAUCUCUGUUAAAUCUUUCAAAGUUUUCGAAAAGCAGGAAAAUAAUUGUUGAGAAUGGAGGUUUGAUUUUGAUACUUGAUGUUUUGAAGUGCGGACUGAAAGUGGAAGCUCGACAGCAUGCAGCUGGUGCAUUCUUUUACCUUGCUUCAGCUGAAGAAUACCGGCAACUAAUUGGGGAGAUUCCAGAUGCAAUUCCUUCUCUGGUGGAGCUCGUCAGGGAUGGGACAGAUCGUGGCAAGAAGAAUGCACUUGUCACGAUAUUCGGCCUCCUUCUAUGUCCUGAGAACCACAGGAGAGUGUUUGCUGCUGGAUUAGUCCCAUUGCUGGUUGAUCUGAUCAGUUCUUGUGAAAGAGAAGAUCUUGUAACAGAUUCUCUAGCAGUUUUAGCAAAUCUUGCUGAUAAUCCUGAUGGAACUACUUCCAUCCUGUCUUCUGGAGCUUUACCAAUGAUUGUGGAGGUUCUUGGUUCUUCCUCUUCAAUGGCUGCAAGAGAAUAUUGCGUCUCCUUGCUCCUCUCCUUUUGCACCCAUGGCGGAGCAGAUGCGGUUAUUGUUUUAGUGAAGAACCCAUCUCUUAUGGGAGCGUUAUAUUCCCAACUCACUGAAGGCACAACUCGUGCCAGCAAGAAGGCCAGUUCACUCAUCAAAAUCCUACACAAUUUCAACGAAAAGAGCACAUUUGGCUUCUCAAAUCCAGUUCUUCCACAGGAAAGGUUCAUUCACGUUUGGUAAUCUACGCAACAUAUUCAAUGUUGCAUUCUUUUCAAGCCUCUUAUCUUGUAAACAGCACUUGGUACAUAGUUCCUUGUGUUAUUGUUGGUCAGAUUGAAUAGUGACGUUAGCUCGGUUUUUUCAAGAGCUUGUCACAGAAAGCUUCGGUUUUUUAAGUGAAGCUGGAUAUUAUACACAAUUUGUACAAAGAAUACUUUCCCUUUCUAAUAACAUUUACAAAUGUAUUUGCAGUA